AUGGCAGCGGCGCCUGGGACACUAGCGGUAGCGCCGCCGCAUCUUCUGGAAUCCAUGUUUCCCGGCAUGGAGUUCCCUAGGCCGUUCACGAACGGCGACGUUGCGAACAGUUUCGCGAACGGCGAGAGCGCUAGGCUCGCGCAAGCGGAUGUAGCGAACAGCUUCUAUGAAACCGGCAAAAGAGCCGGUGACAACCGGCGCGGCGGUAGCAGCAGCGUUGCCGGUAGUUCCGCUGCUGCGACGUCUUCAUCCGGUGCCGUAGACGCUGCUGACGUGGCCGGGUUACACGCGCAACGGGACGCGGUUUUGCGUGGGUUCGAGAUCACGGAACCGGCGAGAGACGACAAGGAAACGGGCGAGAAGGCCAAGUACAUGGCGUCGAUUCUGGAGGCUUAUCAGAAGCUGCUGGAAGAACGGACCCAGUACCACUUUGGCUACCCAUACAACCUGGAUUUUGACUAUGGCGCCCUCAUAGGUCUGCAGCACUUCUCCAUUAACAAUCUCGGGGAUCCCUUUAUCGAGAGCAACUAUGGCGUACACUCCCGUCCGUUCGAGGUGGGAGUGCUUAACUGGUUUGCUCGCCUGUGGGACUUAGACGAGGGCGACUACUGGGGCUACAUCACCAACUGCGGCACAGAAGGGAAUCUCCACGGCAUCCUGGUUGGGAGGGAGGUCCUGCCAGACGGGGUGCUGUACGCGUCUCGGGAGUCCCAUUACUCUGUCUUCAAGGCAGCUCGCAUGUAUCGCAUGGAGUGUGAGAAGGUGGCGACCCACACGGCUGGGGACAUUGACUGCCGGGAUCUGGCUGGGAAGCUGGCCAGGCACAGAGGCCGACCUGCAAUCCUUAAUGUGAACAUUGGAACCACGGUGAAGGGAGCAGUGGACGAUUUGGAUCUGGUCAUCACCACACUGCACGAGGCAGGCCUGUCGGAUGAGCAGUUCUACAUCCACUGUGACGGAGCCCUCUUUGGCCUCAUGCUGCCGUUUGUCAAGAAGGCCCCUCGAGUGACCUUCAAGAAGCCAAUCGGCAGCGUGUCAGUUUCCGGUCACAAGUUCGUCGGCUGCCCCAUGCCCUGUGGGGUGCAGAUCAUGCGACGCUGCUACCUCUCUGCUCUCUCCUCUGACAUCGAAUAUCUCGCCUCUCGCGAUGCAACCAUCAUGGGCUCGCGCAACGGGCACGCACCCAUCUUCCUAUGGUAUACCCUCAACAAAAAGGGUUACCGCGGAUUCCGGAAAGACGUGCAGCGGUGCCUGCGGAACGCGCUCCACCUGCAUGCGCGGCUGCGGGCGGCGGGGUUCGGCGCGAUGCUGAACACUCUCAGCAGCACGGUGGUGUUUGAGAGGCCGGAGGAGGAGGCGUUUGUGAGGCGGUGGCAGCUGGCAUGCCAGGGGAAGGUGGCUCAUGCAGUGGUGAUGCCGAGCGUGUCUCCGGAAAAGGUUGAUCUGUUUGUGAGGGAGUUCGUUGCGAGUCGAGAGAGGCGCCGAGCAGCUAAGGCUGCUGCUGCUGAUGAUGAUGAUGAUGCAACUGCUGCUGCUGCUGCUGCUGCAACUGCUGCUGCUGCUGCUGCAACUGCUGCUGCUGAUUCUGCAACUGCUGCUGACGGUUCUGCUGCUGGAGGUUCUACUGCUGGUGCUGCUGCUGUUGCCAACGGGUGCUUUGCAGCAAGGAGGAGCGAUUUGUGCGUGGCAGAUGUGUUGGGUGCUGCGACCUGCUCCUGUGCCGACCACGUGGCCAUCUGGCGGACACAAGUGGGGCAGGAUGCAGGGAGGAGACAGUACAGCUGCUACAGUGAUACGUCAGGAGACGACGCUUCCUUGCACGGCAGCAGCAGCAGGAGUGUGCAAGGUAUGCUAUGA